AUGAGUAAUUCACCAUUUCCAGCACUUCCACAUGUAUUAAUGGGAAAAAUUGUGAGUUGGAAGCAUAGUAAUGAAGAGUGUAAUCAUGGUGAGAAAGCAGUCGAAUUUCUUAUUAAAAAAUUAAAGUCAAAAAAAGGUGUUCUUGAUGAUUUAGCCAAUAUUUUAAUUGAUCCUAAUCAACCAAUAUCAAAAUGUAUAACAAUUCCAAAUUCAAGUGAUAAACGAAUACAAAUUGGUUAUAAAAAAUAUUUUCCUCAUGUUCUCUAUUGUCGUCUAUGGCGUUGGGCUGAUUUACAAAAUCAUCAUGAAUUAAAAGCAAAAGAUUAUUGUCAAUAUUCAUUUUCUCAAUCUAAAACAGAUGUAUGCAUUAAUCCCUAUCAUUAUGAUCGAAUUUAUUCAACAGUUCUCCCAUCGAUUAUUAUUCCACGAAUGGAUGAAAAUUUUUCAACAUAUCAAGAAUUACCCUAUGAUCAUUCAAUAGUCAAUAAUUACUAUCCACAAGAAUGUGACUCUUUAAAUUCAAUACAAAAUGUUUAUCCCGUACAAGUUCAAUAUGAUGAUCAAACAUUAUCAUCAUCUUAUUCUUCUUGUAUUCAAAAAUGGUGUACACUAGCUUAUUAUGAAUAUUUUGAUCGUGUUGGUGAAAAAUAUAAUGUUACAACACCUUUCGUCUAUGUUGAUGGUUAUACAUCACCUUUAAAUACCUAUCCAAAUCGGUUUAGUUUGGGCGUUAUAUCAAAUGUUCAAAGACGUUCAGAAGUGAAAAAAGUUCGAUCAAUUAUUAAAGAUGGUAUUGAAUUGAGUCAAACAUGUUUUGGUGAUGUUUAUGUUCGAAAUCUUUCAUAUACCUCCUCAAUUUAUGUUCGAUCUAUUUUAUACAAUCGUCUAAAUGGUUUUCGUGAUACAACUGUCUGUAAAAUCUUACCUAAUAGUCGAUCAAAUAUUGUACUAAAUAAUCAACUUCUAUUUAAAUAUGAUUAUUUUAAACAAUUAUUAAUACAAUCAAUGCCAUUGUCAUAUGAUUAUGUUAAUGAAUUGUCAAAACUUUGUUCAAUUCGUCUAAGUUUUGUCAAAGGUUGGGGAUCCGAUUAUGCACAAUCAGAUAUAACAUCAACACCAUGUUGGUUAGAAAUACAAUUGAAUAAACCACUUCUAGAAAUUGAUCAUAUUUUACAACAAAUAGAACCACAAGGAUUUAUUACAUCAUUCUCAUAA